CAAAACGGUCAAUGUUUACAUCGCAAUCCAAUUGAAAACAUACGAAAUCUCGAUAGUGACUCAUCCGCAACCUUGCGGUCGUGAAACCCUAUUAAUUUAAUAAUUAGGCCACCUUUUCCUUGGGCUUUUGGCUGGUUGUGUGGUUUCUGCCGUACCUCUUCAAAGCACAGUUAAGAAAAACCGUAACAAAAUGUCGGCCAUGGAGAAACACUUGUUUAAUCUUAAAUUUGCAGUGAAGGAGCUGGAACGGAACGCGAAAAAGUGCGAGAAGGAAGAAAAGGCGGAAAUACUGAAGACAAAGAAAGCGAUCCAGAAGGGCAACACGGAGGUGGCCCGCAUCCACGCCGAAAACGCGAUCCGACAGAAGAGCCAAUCGCUCAACUAUCUGCGCAUGAGUGCGCGGGUCGAUGCGGUGGCCAGCCGGGUGCAGACCGCGCUCACCACCCGCAACGUGACGAACUCGAUGGCGGGCGUGGUGAAGGCGAUGGAUGCGGCGAUGAAGGGCAUGAACCUGGAGAAGAUUUCCGGCCUGAUGGACAAGUUCGAGUCGCAGUUCGAGGAUCUGGACGUGCAGAGCUCGUACAUGGAGAACACUAUGUCGCAGACGACGACGACGGCCGUGCCGCAGAACGACGUGGAGUCGCUGAUGCAGCGAGUUGCGGACGAGGCUGGCCUUGAACUCAACAUGGAACUUCCAUCCGGACCGUCAUCGAUCGCAAUCGGUGCCUCGACGCAAGCAUCCACGGAACAGGAUGAGCUCACGGCACGUCUGGCACGUUUGCGACAGGCCGAAUAAAAGUGUCCCACAAAACGCUAUCGUCUAUGGCAAAACACUAAUUACGGCAUGGUCACACACACACACAUACGCGGUUGUUAAUGUGGUUGGAAAAUGUGCGAGAAUUAUGUUGCUUUAUGGUUUACCAAUGUAUAUUUUCCUUCCCGUUCCCGGUGGUCUUGAGACAGCUGCUGGUUUCUAGAUCAAAUCAUCUUUUCUUUUUUUUCGAAACCCUGUUUAAUCACGCUUUGAGUAAUUCUCUUUAAUUAUUCGUUAAAAUAAAGGAACAAAGAUUAAGACCCCACGGCGGCGAAUAACGUGGAGGGGCCGAAUGGAAUGUCAAAUACA